AUGAGAAUUGUCUGGGACGCAGCGGCUACCGUCGAGGGUGUUUCACUAAACUCCUUUCUUCUUAAAGGUCCAGAUCAAUUGACAUCACUAGUAUCCGUAAUGUUCAAGUUCCGAGAAGAGAAAAUAGCCAUCUAUGGAGACAUAAUGGAAAUGUUCCACCAAAUCCGCAUAAGAAAAGAGGACCAAUCCUGUCAAAGAUUCCUGUGGAGUCGCAGCUCUGAAGAAUCGCCCGUUGUCUACGCUAUGACUGUUAUGACUUUCGGUGCUAGCUGUUCUCCGUGCUGUGCUCAAUAUACCAAGAAUAUAAAUGCCGACUACUUCGUUGAAAAAUUCCCUCGUGCAGUACAAUCAAUCCAACAGAAUCAUUACGUCUAUGAUCUCAUGGAUAGUGUAGCGACAGAAGAAGAAGCUAUCAACAUAGCAAAGCAAAUUCGAUACAUUCAUCAGCAAGGAGGUUUCUACAUCAGAAAUUGGAUUUCAAAUUCACCUGUGGUACUUCAAGCCUUACAAUCUGAGCUUACUGAAAGUAAAAACUUAAAUUUUGAUGUUGAGCUAACCACCGAAAAGGUUUUGGGUAUGUGGUGGUCCACCUCAAAUGACAGCUUCACCUACAAACUAACAAAAAAUGCACAACAAAGAGAAGUUCUCUUCGAUGGCCGAAGACCCACAAAGCGAGAAGUCUUGAAGAUCUUAAUGACUAUUUUUGAUCCGUUGGGUCUCUUGGCACAUUUUCUUAUGUUUGUCAAAAUCUUAUUGCAGGACAUAUGGCGCUCGAAAAUAGAUUGGGAUACAGCAAUACAAGAUCCUGAGUUUGAAAAGUGGCUAAAAUGGGUACAUCUCUUGCCCGCUGUUGAAAACCUUAACAUACCUAGAUGUUAUAUGUCGAAUGCGACUAAAGACACAGGAGAACGGCAGCUUCACAUCUUCGUCGAUGCCAGCGAAAAUGGUUUUGCGGCCGUGGCAUAUGUGAGGAGCUCAUAUGGCAAUCACGUGGAAUGUGCACUAAUAGGUGCUAAGACAAGAGUUGCACCCCUUAAAAAUGUAUCUAUCCCUCGACUUGAGCUUCAAGCUGCUAUUCUAGGUGCCCGGUUUGCAAAAUCGGUGAUUGACUCGCAUACACUCAACUUUUCUCAACGCGUAUUCUGGUCCGACUCCAGAAAUGUUCUAAGUUGGCUUCGCUCAGAUCAUCGGCGUUACAGGCAAUAUGUUGCCUGUCGAGUCAGCAAAAUCUUAGAUCUUACCGAUGUGAAGGAGUGGCGUUGGGUUCCAACAAAAGUCAACGUUGCGGACGAAGCAACUAUAUGGAAGAGUGUUCCUGAAUUCUCAUCAAAGAGCAGGUGGUUCAACGGGCCUGAGUUUCUCAAACUUUCUUCUGAUAAUUGGCCAAAGGAAGUCUGCUCCGAAGACACAACCGUGGAAGAGUUGAAGACUCAGUAUAUGAAUGUUCACGUCCACGUAAAAUCUCAAGAGAAUAUUUUGCAAGCAGAGACUUUCUCAUGCUGGAACCGACUACUGCGAAGUACAGCCUACAUUAUCCGAUAUAUGAACAACCUAAAAAUUAAAAAAGAAGAAAAAUGUAAACGAACUUCUGGAAUCUUAAAAAGAGAAGAAUUGAAAAAAGCAUGGUAUGUGCUGAUGAGAGAAGCUCAACAUAUUACUUACCAAGAAGAGCUAGCAGAUCUGAUCUCCAAGCGACUUUUAGAAAAAAGCAGCCCUAUCUAUAAUUUGUGUCCAUAUCUUGACGAUCAUAACAUCAUUCGAGCGAAAGGUAGAAUUGACCUCUCUAUAGAAUCGAACGAUGACUUCAAGAGACCAAUCAUACUUCCAAGAGACCAUCAAAUAACUUACCUUAUUAUGAUGGACAUGCAUUACAGAUUCCAUCAUCAAAAUCAUGAGACAGCUAUCAAUGAAAUUCGUCAAACGUAUCAAAUCCCACAGUUAAGAACCGCAUUUCAUUCUAUGAGGAAGAAGUGCCAAGACUGUAAAAACCAGAAUGCAAAACCUCGUGAACCAAUGAUGGCCCAGUUACCCAAGGCGCGAUUGUCACCGUUUACUAGACCCUUUUCAUUCACUGGAAUCGACUACUUUGGUCCAAUAAACAUAUCUAUUCUCAGAAGGAGUGAAAAAAGGUGGGGAGUUCUUUUGACUUGUCUCACCACCAGAGCCGUCCACAUCGAGAUCGCACACAGCCUGUCUGCAUAUUCGUGCAUACUCGCCCUUCGAAACUUUAUGGCUCGUCGAGGAGCUCCCAUCGAAAUAUUUAGUGACAAUGGUACUAACUUCCAGGGUGCGGAACGAGAGCUGCGAGAAGCACUUAAUGACGUCGAUAAACUUAAAUUGAUGGAAGCGUUCACCUCUCCUAGAACGAAAUGGAGUUUCAAUCCAAUAAGUUCUCCGCACAUGGAAGGGUGCUGGGAGCGACUGGUUCGGUCAAUAAAAACAGUUCUCUACAAAAUUAUGCCAAUGCGAAAUCCUACCGAUGAGUUAUUGAGAAGCAUGAUGUUGGAGGUUGAGAAUAUUGUUAAUUCUCGCCCGCUUACAUAUAUUCCGAUCGACAGCGAAAAUGAAGAAGCACUCACCCCAAACCACUUCCUACUGGGGUCAUCAAAUGGGAUGAAGCCUUUAGUAGUAUUCGGCGAUGAUGUUAAAGUAGUGAGAAAAAAUUGGCAAACAUCACAGCAGUACGCGGAUCACUUCUGGAAGCGAUGGGUAAGUGAAUAUCUCCCUACCAUAACACGUCGCUCCAAAUGGUUUGCACCAGUCGACCCUAUAAAAGAAGGUGAUAUAGUCCUUAUUGUGGACCAGAAUAGCCCCAGAAAUUGUUGGCUGAAAGGUCGUGUCAUUCAAACCAAAGUUGCAAAAGACGGGCAAGUCCGAAGUGCAACUGUUUUCACACGCUCUGGAAUUUACAUCAGACCUUCAGUUAAGCUGGCUGUGCUGGACGUUACCACCUCAGCAGGGAAGAUAAAUAAGUCUGGACAUACCAAGGGGGAGUCCAAGAUAUUAUGUUAUCAACAGCAAGAAUUGGUAGCUUGGUUAACCGAGCGAAACAUACAAUUUGCAGCAGAUGCAAAAGUUGCUCAACUACGUGAGCUUUAUGAAGAAAAUUGUGAAGAAAAUUAUUCCGAAGACCAUUUCAUCGAAGCAGAAAAUUUUGAACGUCCUGGUAAGACAAUAAAUUCUGAUUUGUCUCAACAGAUUCAAGAAUCCGUUCCUGGAAAUGAAGUUGAAAUUUAUAAAGAAAUUCAGAUGAUUGCAAAGAAACUUAAGCUUAUUGAAUUGCAUCGUGAACUAGCUCGGCACGAAGAACAUUUUGCAAGUUCUUCGUCGCCUUUGUAUCAACCUUCGUAA